AUACAAACUAUCAAAAUGGAUAAAAGCAAAGAAAAGGAGGAGCAAAGUAUUAUGGAUAAAUCCAUGAGAUCGGUCUUCGUGGGUAAUAUACCCUAUGAGGCCACUGAAGAGAAACUGAAGGAUAUAUUUAGCGAGGUUGGGCCUGUAUUGUCGUUUAAACUGGUAUUCGACCGAGAGACCGGCAAACCAAAAGGUUAUGGAUUCUGCGAGUACAAAGAUCAGGAAACGGCCCUCAGUGCGAUGAGAAAUUUGAAUGGAUAUGAAAUUGGUGGUCGUUCGCUCAGAGUCGACAAUGCUUGUACGGAGAAGUCGAGAAUGGAGAUGCAGGCCCUUAUGCAAGGACCUCAAGUAGAGAACCCGUAUGGAGACCCAGUGGAACCUGAAAAAGCUCCUGAGGCUAUUAGUAAAGCUGUGGCCACACUGCCUCCUGAGCAAAUGUUUGAGCUUAUGAAACAAAUGAAACUUUGCAUUCAGAAUAAUCCAGAUGAGGCCAGGAAAAUGCUUUUGCAAAACCCUCAGCUGGCAUAUGCAUUGCUACAAGCUCAAGUGAUUAUGAGGAUUGUGGAUCCUGCUACUGCUGUGACUAUGCUGCAUCCCAGUAAUCCAAUGCCACCAGUGCUGCAGCCAGGAGACAAACCCAGUUCCUACAAUCCAGGACCAGAUAAAUAUUCAGCACAGCAACCGCCAUUGCUUGCCAAUCCAGUACCACCAGCAAAUCAGUACGUUGCGCGUCCAACAAUGGGCGACAUCGACCUGCGUGGAUCCCGGGCGUCGGUCCCCGCCCCCGCCCCAGUGCCCGUCCCGCCCCUACUCGACCAGGACAUGCGCAAUCCGAUGCCGCAUCCAGUUCCUCCGCCCAGUAUGCACCAGGAGUCUUCUCCGACUCCAACUACGUCAACGGAAAGCGUUGUUCACGAAUUAUCUGGUUUCCCGCGUGACCCUCGCCUGGCCAACAUGCAGCAGUCGUUCAGCGCUGACCCGCGCAUGCGCCCCACCGACCCGAGGACGCAAAAUAAAAUGCCGCAGCAAAUGCCACCAGGCAUGCCAAGCGCAGCGCAGGCUAGGACGAUCCAAGGCAUUCCAUCUAGCGCAUCUGAUCAAGAGAAGACGGCGCUCAUAAUGCAAGUGUUACAACUGUCGGACGAGCAAAUCGCUCUACUACCGCCCGAACAGCGAGCCAGCAUCCUCAUGCUCAAAGAGCAAAUCGCAAAGAGCACGCAGACACAGCAACGUUAAAUAGUUCUAGUAACUUUACGUGCUGUCAUAUCUCGAUCAAGUGUACAUGUCUGAUGACAAGGAGGUUAAUUUUUUAUUGAGACAAUUGAGCAAACAUUAUCUUUAUUUUCGUCAAUGGGUCAAUGGGUUCAAAUGAAUAAGAUAAAGACUUGUUUUUAUAAGAAUGCACAAGGAAUUCGCGAGUAAGCCGAGAAUUUAACAUUGCGGCUCUUCGUGUAGUGUACGACGCAUCUCUGAAAUACAUUUUGUGCUCUUAUGACGAUUGUGUCCCAAAUGGUAGCUUGGUGAACGUGCAGUUUGUUCACAGUUAAAUGCUUACAAUAAUUCAAGAUAUGAUUUACGUGCACAACUCUCUCUCUUGUGACUCAAAUAUUACUUUUGAGAUAUUUUAAUAACUAAAUAAUUAAUAAUAGGACC